AUGUCGCGGCAGACAGGGCGAGUUGAAUUUUGGUGCUGGAAAAAAAUAAAUACCCAUUUUUUCCCCUCAGUUUUAACUUAGAUUUAGGGGGGCCUUGAAUCUAAAUAAAGAGAACACUACAGAUCUAGUGAUACAAGUUUCUAUUUCUAACUCUGUCCUGUUUCUUUACUGUGUCUCUUUUUAGUGUAGAAUUAUGCACACAUAUUCAGGUGACACUACGUCCUAUUGGUUCGCUCACACAACACAUUCCCUUUGCUUGCCUAGUUGCAUUUCGGGAUGUGUAGUUUUUUUUUGCCAGUGGGCGGUGCAUUUCCCCACCUAUCGUACUACAUGUCCCGUGAUGCUCUGUGACCGGGCCCUGUCUUGUAUCCGGUGUCCUUGCCUUCGGUCACAGUGAUCCCGGCUUCACCAUGCUAUCCUCCCGCGCUCUUCUCCUUCUCCGCCGGGCAGCAUUAGCCCAAGUCCGCGGCUAUGCUGAGGCAGCACCGUCAGGGGCCCCAGCAAUGAGCUUCACCUUCGCCUCCCCGACCCAGGUCUCGCCAUAACUAUUCUAUGUAAUGUCUGCGUACUCUGUAUGUGUGUGUUACCCGUACAUUGGUGUAACAUUGUGUGAUUGAGAGGUAGUGGUUAUGGUAGGCAAAUUAUAUAUAUUUUUUAUUUUUAUUUUUUUUACUACCAUAAACGUGUGUUAUAUAUGUUAUUAUAUUCGUUUAUAUUUAUAAUCAUUUAUGUGAUGCAUACCUGAGUUUCUGUUUAAAUAUUUAGAAAUAUUGCCUAUUAAAGUUAAUAGUUUUAAUUUGCUGAAAGGGACUGCAGUGCAAUAGUUGGAUACAGCUGCUCCAAUGUCACUCAUGGAUGUAGCUCUGCAGUGUAUGUAAUACAGGAGAGAUAGAGGCAGGGAUCUGACAGCAGCCAGGAUUAUUGAAGGCCUGUCUAAUCUCCUGUCCUGUGCAUUGCUUAAUCUUGAAUAUAUUUUCAACUGUGAAACUAAGUAUAACCCACAGUGGUGUCUAAGGGAGAGAGUAGAAAGAAGAGUUGAGUCGUAGUUUAAAGGGCCACAUGUCACCUUCUGUUGUGUGACAUUGAAGUGCAAACCAAUGGUUGUUUUUGUUUGUAGUAUUAUUCAGACUUAAUCAAGUGUACACACCCAUAGCCAGUAACACAUUUUGACCAUGAAAUGUAAUUUCAAGAACACAUGUAUGUGUGUGUUCUUGUAAUACAUUUAUUUAUUUUUUUUGGACUAACAGAAUUUAUUAAUGACAAGUUUUCGGGAGAACCUCCCUUUCUCAAGUCUAAAGCAUUUCUGAGCAAGACGAAUUACUGAACUAAUACGGCUACAAUCUCUACUUGAACUAUAUUAUAAUAAUAAUAAUAAUAUAAUAUAUAUAUAUAUAUUUUUUUUUUAUUAUUAUUAUUAUCUCAAGUAAGGUUUUAGAGUGUUCCUUUAACAAAUCUGGGACUCUUGUGGUCAUGGGGGUUGGAGGUAUUCUUUAAGUGUCUGUUAUGACAUGAAUUUUUAAAUUGGAAAUGUCACCGUCUAGGGACUUUGAAGAAUUUGCAAAGGCCCCAAUGGUAACAUUGCUGCUGGUGAUCCAGUGGCAGAAGGGGGGUGGAGAAAUGGUAUUUUUAUUUACCUGAACCUCUCCCUCAUGGGUGCCAGCCUCAUCUGACAGCCAGUCCUCGACUGCUGGCUGAAGUGCCUGGAGCUGACGUCACUGCUGUAUUCUCACACAUGCGCGAGAGUUAAGCAUUUAAGGGACCCUGGGCACCCAGACCACUUCAGCUCAUUGAAGUGGUCUGGGUGAAAACACUUUUCACCUUUAACCCUGUGCAUGAAAUUAUUGCAGUUUUUAUAAACUGCAAUAAUUACCUGCUGGGGUUAGCUCCUCCUCUAGUGGCUGUCUACCAGAUAGCCACUAGGUAGACUUCCGGGUGGAUAGGCAACUUUUGGUCACCUAAACUAUGCUGGACAUCCUCACACUAUAUAUGAGGACUUCCAGCGUCACCGGAAUCCCCAUAGGAAAGCAUUGAACAAUGCUCUCUUAUGGGGAAAGCAUAAUGCUAGUGUGACAAUUGAGGGAUAGCGGCGCUGGACCUAGGUAAGUGACAGAACCCCUUCUGCACCAAGGGGGGAAGCAGUGGGUCUUGACAGAGGGGAAGCUAUAGUGCCAGUGCUAGUUUGUUUUCCUGGCACUGUAGUUUCCCUUCAAGGUCUAUGGUGGAGACACUGGGGUCCUCCAUAGACAUAACUAAUUCCCUGCAGCCAUCACGCGUGACAGCUGGGAGAUUGACACUUUUUGAUGGCGGUAGCUUCUCCCAAUGUCAAGAAGUGUCUAGCAUAUGAAAAAUACUGAGACAAAAUGGAAACUUCAGUAAAAUUCCAACACAAUCAAAAUUAGUAUUUUGUAAUGAUUUUUAUCGUUAUGUAAUACUUAAUUUGCAAGUGGUGGUGACAGUAUCGCUUUUAACUUAGAGCUGGUGUUUUAAUCUCAGGGCAGGACCGAAAAGAUGCUGGGAGAGAACUGCACUGUCUGUCUUCCAUGCACUCCUUUUGGCAUAUCAGUGUGAGGAUUGAUUCUAAAUUAAGCACUCUAAGCAACGUAACCUCAGUAGUCUGCUGCAGUGUUUAUGGUGCCAGCGGAUCCAUGGCACCAUCUAUUGUUAGGAGUGUCAGCUGAUGACCCAGGGCAUGAAAUUCAGUCCAGAGAUAAAUGGAAUUGAUAUGGCUAAUGUUAGGGAUCGACCGAUUAUCGGUUUUACCGAUAUAAUCGGCCGAUAUUCGGUAUUUUCGACAAUAUCGGUAUCGGCCAAUUCAGAUACCGAUAUUGCCGAUAAUACCUCCUAGGACCGUCAGGCUCAUUACAAGCCUGGUGGUCCUGGGGGGAACGGGCAGCAAGCGCUUACUCACCUCCCAGCAGCUCCCCAGUGUAACUCUCGCGAGACCCGCGGCGAGAGUUACGCUGGAGGAGCUGCUGGGAGGUGAGUAAGCGCUUGCUCUCCACCCCCCCCCCACCCCACCCCACAGCUCAGCUAAUGCCACUGGACCACCAUAUCCCCCCUCCCUGGCCAGGCAACAAGCAGGGAGGGGGGACAACAAAAAUAAUAAUUAAAUAUUAAAAAAAAAAAAAAUUUUAAUAAAAAAUGCCCCCCUCACACACACACUCCAUUAUAUACACUACACAAACACACUGUGUAUAUAAUGCAGUGUUUGUAUAGCGUGUUUAUAUAAUGCACACUACACAAACACACUGCAUUAUAUACACACACACACUCUCUAAUAUGCAUAGAAGGGGUUAGGGGGGUACUAAUAUGCAUAGAAGGGGUUAGGGGGGUACUAAUAUGCAUAGAAGGGGUUAGGGGGUACUAAUAUGCAUAGAAGGGGUUAGGGGGGUACUAAUAUGCAUAGAAGGGGUUAGGGGGUACUAAUAUGCAUGGAAGGGGUUUAGGGGGGUACUAAUAUGCAUGGAAGGGGUAGGGGGGUUAAUAUGCAUGGAAGGGGUAGGGGGGUUAAUAUGCGUGGAAGGGGUAGGUGGGGUUCUUUUGUGCAUGGAAGAGGUAGGGGUGGUUCUAAUAUUCAUGGGAGGUGUAGGUGGGGUUCUUAUAUAAAUGGAAGGGGUAGAGACGGGUAGUAAAAUGUAUGGAAUGCAUUUCUGACAGUGUCACUGAAUGACACCCUAAGUCAGGGGCAGUAUUACACAAUCUGUAUAUGUAUAAAAAAAUAUAAAAAGUAAUCUGCAAAGCACAAAAUGUUUGUGUCAUAUGUCGUGCUAAAAAUUAAGCUAGGAAUAUGCAUAUUUUUUUAAAAUAAUUUUUAGAAUAAUGAUACAGACAUUUUAUUUCUUACAUUUUUUUUUUUUUUUUCCCCCAAUGUAUUUUAUUUUUAAAUUUUCAUUGGACAUACAUAGCAUAAAUAGGAAUUAACUUGGGGGGUACAAGGAGAAAAGGCGACAAUACAUAUACAAUGUAUCAAAUUAUACAAAUGUGUCUGUAACAACUGUUCAUAGAAUUAGAUAGUAGUCACAAGUCAUUAGCUUCCAAAUACUUUACGUACAUUGGUAGGUACAUACAUGUUUGCCUGAAGAUGUUCUAAGGCACUGAUUUGGUUCCUUACGCCCUAACUGUUGGAGCUGCAGGGCAGGGGAAAAGGGGGAAUUAGCGUUGGUGUUCUAUGGCAGCAAAUAUAUUGUUGUUAAAGGUUGUUACAGUGGGUAACCAUCUUCACCCAGGAACCCUGGUGUUGUGUUGUGUAACUCAUAGUCCCUAUUGCUUCUCACCAUACCUAUAAUCCACCCAUCUGCGCCACCUUGUUUCAUGCCUAUUCUGUCUCUCAGUGAUACGACUUGCCAUGCGCUCGUAUGUAUAUAUCGAGUCCAGUCUACCUAGACUCUCUGGUAAUGUGGGUGCCUGUGUGGAUUUCCAUUUUUGGGCAAUUGCAGUUUUGGUUGCCAUUAGGCAGUGGAUCGUUAAAUAGCUUUUAUCUUUGUGGAGGUUGUCUGGGAAAAUGUGUAAUAAGAAGCACUCUGGUUUCGGAGGAACCCUAAUCCCUAGGCUUUUGCAAAAAAGUGUUUGGAUGUCUUGCCAUAAUGAUGUGAUCUGUGUGGAUGUCCAAAAUAUAUGGUAGAUGGACCCCUCUUGUUUUUGGCAUCUCCAGCAAAGUUUGUUCGCUCCUGGAUAUAUGUGGGCCAGUUUGUUGGGGACCAGGUACCAGCGCAUGGUUAAUUUGCAGUACGUUUCCCACUGAUUGAGACUAUGUGAGGCCUGCUUUGAAUUGCAUUCCCAGGUCCAUUUCCCAUUUUGUCAUGUAGGAGGGUUUUGUUACCGUAUACUGGGUAAGAAGUGUAUUGUAGCAAAGGGACAGUGCUUUAACCUUGGGAAGCUUCCCCAUACAUUUUUGGAUGAAUGGUGGUAGGAGACUGGAUUCUUUCAAGAUAAUCCUGCUCUCUUGUAUUAUAUUCUUUAUUCUCAGAUAGGUGAAUAGUUCCCUGUGUGGAAUACGGAAUUCCCUGGCCAUGUCGGGGAAUGGUUUGACACCCUCUGGGGUCAGCAAGGAGCGUACCCCAGAGACCCCCCCGGCUGAGCCAGUUGUCUAGCUGCAGGUUAGUCGUUCGGACAGCCAAGGCCUGAAGCGGUGCCGCAAGGAGUAGGUCAUUCUCGCUGAGGAAUAGAGGGGUAGUUUGCUUCCAGGUUUGGAGCAAUGUCCCUGUGGCUGGUAGCAGGUUUUUGGUUUGUAUUGGUGUUGUGUUUGCCCAGAGAAGCAUUGGGAUCGUGCCAGUGGGCAGGCAUGCGUCUUCCAACGCUAGCCAAACUGGAGGGGGCUGCCUCUCAAGGAUCGUGAUAUUUCUUACAUUUGUGAUGAUUCUUUUUUCCUCUCUAUAUUCAAGGGACACUAUAGUCACCAGAACCACAACAGCUAAACGUAGUAGUUCUGGUGUCUAUAGCAUGUCUUUGCAGGCUUUUUAACCCCUUAAGGACAAAACUUCUGGAAUAAAAGGGAAUCAUGACAUGUCACACAUGUCAUGUGUCCUUAAGGGGUUAAUGUAAGCACUGCCAUUUCGUAAAAAGGCAGUAUUUACAUUACUGCUGAAGAAUACCUCUAGUGGACACUCAGAUGGCCACUAGAGGUGCUUCCUAGUCGAGACAUGAAUGCCGCCCUAUGAAGUAUCUGCGCACGUGCGGCAAAGCUGCGCAUGCGCACGAGAGCAAUGACGCUUCUGAAUAGAAGCGUUUUAUUGCUCCCUGCUCGCACCUUCCUAUUUCGUCAUUUUGACGAAAUAGGGGGCGCGGCAUCAGGAGGAUCCCGGCGCUGUAUCCGAGUAUGUAAAACCCCUUCCCUUUCAUGUUACUAUUUAAUCAUUUAUAUAGCAAUUGCAAAUUCCAUAGCGCUGUACAAUGGGAUAAACAACUCCUAGUUUACGGAAUAAGAAUAUAGCUGGCGAGUAAAAAUGCUAUCCCCCCCAGAUUUUUGGGGGUUCCUACGCCCAUGGUGUGUGUGUGUGUGUGUGUGUGUGUGUGUGUGUGUGUGUGUGUGUGUGUGUGUGUGUAGUGUGUUUAUAUAAUGCAGUGUGUGUUUGCAUAGUGUGUUUAUAUAAUGCACACUACACAAACACACUGCAUUAUAUACACACUAUACAAACACACACACUCUGCAUUAUAUAAACACACUACAUUAAUUAUAUACACACCCUACACAAACACACACACUUUGCAUUUAGUAUAUACUGCAUUCACUUUACGCACACUACACAAACACUCAGCUUUCAUUAUAUACACACUACACUAAUACACACUGCAUACACUACACAAACACACACUGCAUCCACUACACACACUGCAUCCACUACACAAACACACACUGCAUCCACUACACAAACACAUACAGCUGCCCUGUCUAAACACACUGCAUCCACUACACGUGGCAUGUAUAUUUUGUGCAUUUACCUUUAGAAAUUGUUUUUAUUUUCCAGAAUGGUAAAUGUGCAGAAUAUCGGCAAAUUAUAUCGGCUAUCGGCCUGAAAGUUCACAGAAUAUCGGUAUCAGCUCUAAAAAAUCAAUAUCGGUCGAUCCCUAGCUAAUGUGUACUGUAUUUCUGACAUCACUGAUUACUCCACUGCCCUCUCCCGUGCAUGUUUGUUUCUGUUAAAGGGAAACAAUAGUGCUAGGAAAACAAAGUUGUUUUCCUGGCACUAUAGUGCCCCCCUCCGUCCUUAAAAACCUAUUCUGUCUCUUUCCUGAUUUCGGCGGCGAUGUCCCUUGGUGAUGGUUCGGGCUCUGCCUCCGCUCCUCACGUGCCGGCAAAGGCCGCGCUCGUAUUGGGAUUUUUCCCAUAGGAAAACAUUGUACAAUACUUUUCUAUGGAUUAUUAGGUGACGCCUGAUGUCUUCAUGCGUAGUGCGAGGGAAUCCAGCGUCAGGUGACCAAAAGUCGCCUUACGACCGGAAGUCCCUCUAAUGGCUGUCUGGUAGACAGACACUAGAGGAGAAGUUGACCCUCAAAGAUAAUUAUUGCAAUUUAUUUAAAACUGCAAUAAUUACCUUUGCAGGGUUAAGGGACCUGAGACACUGCACUCAGACCACUUCAAUGAGCUAAACUAGUCUAGGUGCCUAUAGUGUCCUUUUAACGCAGUCGUAAACUGAUCUGGUGUGGAAAGUCAACAUAACAUCUAUGUGCACUGUACUGUAAAUUUAUGGUAAAAAAAGAAAAUAAAGAUUGUCCAAAAAAAACCCCCUAAAAGUGAGCCAGUCCAGUUGCCUCCUGGCGUCAGAACAACUUCAGUUCAAUUAAGGAGUUAAUUGCCCAGGGUAUUCCUUUACGUACAAAACAGAACCUGUGUCCUUAAGCUGUUAAUGUUAAACUUUCUAUAUUGUUCACUUAGUUUAGUUUUGAGAUGGUACCAGUUAUGAUUCUUUCUAUCCACAGGUGUUUUAUAGUAAUGCAAAUGUGAAACAGGUGGAUGUCCCUACUUUAACAGGAGUAUUUGGAAUCCUUCCAGCUCACGUCCCAACGUUACAGGUACUGAGGCCGGGUCUGGUUACAGUGUUUGAUGGUGAAGGAACCCCAAACAAGUACUUUGGUGAGAAAAUUGAGUUUCAACUCUACUUUACUAUGUCAUAUUUUAUAAAACUGUCUAACCUUUCUACGAUCUGCGGUUGUCUGUGUCCAUAUUCUUUUGUGGGCACUAUGCUGCUUGUUUUGCUGUUUAAUUUUAAAUUUCAAGUCCUUCUAUACUAGUCCGUAAAACUUAUUUCCACUACAAGCCUGGAAUACUCACCAGAGGUGAAUUUCUACUCGCCAUGGCUACAUUUUCGCUCAAAUAUUUUGCCUUGCUAAUAUGCUUCCCACCAAUGGAAUUGCUAGUGUCUGUUAAUUUUACCUUAUUUUCUAGCUUUUUUUUUUUAAAGUUAACAUCCAGUUAAUUUUGAAAAAAAAUGUUUUGAUUCUUUAUUUGGUUGUGCAAAUUAUUACAAACAAGCUUGCAUUACCACAACAGCAUGGACAAACAUUAUUCUGUCAUUUAGUUAAAAAACCGUAGCAUGGCAAGUGUAGGUGCUGCACCUUUUUUAUUUUAUUUUUUAUUUUUUUUAAAUUGUGACAAGAGGAAACAGGUAAGCAUAACACGUGCGGUUGGGUUUUUCACAGUGAGUUAGCAUGAUGCAUCAUAAGGAACACCGCAUUUGUGAGAAAAAUUAGAGACAUUAUGGACACAAUUCUAUGAGGUUGAACAGAGCGAGCGUGAGAAAUGCUUUCAUAGAACUGUAGUAGGUAACCUAAGAAAGAUUCCACUGGACAGGUCGAGUUAACUAUGCCCGAGGCUUGAAUAGAGCACAUAUUCGAUAAAGGUGUGUAAAUAGGAGGUAUAGCCUGGUACAUAUUCAACAAAAUGUAUAACAGAAAUUAAACUGGGAAAGUACUUAUGGCUAUGUGGAGACUGCUGUUAUCCCAAGCCCUCUCAGCCAAUGCCUGUGAAUGGAAGGCCUGUACCCCAUUGGAGCAGGAGUUCAUCAAAGCACAGGAGGGCCCUCCACCUGUUCUGCGGGUUAUGGAGCUUUCGCUUUGCUUCUCCAUGUGUCUUUUGUAGUCCAGCUUCAGGAGCAGUGCUCCACGAUUGCCUCAUUGCACUCCCUAGGCCUUGCUGAGUGGGUACCUUCCAAUAGCGUCAGUUGCGCUGAUUGGUAUGGCUCCAUCUAGAGCGCCGAGUAGGAGUAUGGUGUCGAGUCUUAGGGGCUGGCUUUCAGCGAAGCCGUUUCAGCCGAGGGUCCUUCUGUCUUCCCUUCAUCAGAGUUCCCCGAGGUUGCCGUGGGAACUGCACGAGAGCUUGUGUGAAGAAAACUUAUUUUUGGCAUUUUCUUCUGUUUGUUCGUGACUUUAAGCUGUAUUUGUUUAUUUGGGAUUUUAUUGGUUCGGUAGAUUAAACCACCGAACACCGACCACCCUCCUGGCUCAUUACCUUCUAAGGGAAUCGUCUAUUAAGCGCUCUCUGGGCGGCCGCUGUUCGUAUAUAUGAAUGCCACGUGGAAGAGAAAAUGGCGGCCAUCUUGUUUGCGUGAAAGGAGGCAGCGGGACUUGGUCGUCAAGUGUCUGGAACUAAAAUCGGACACUCGACUUCCCGAACCACCGCUGAAACAUACGAACGCCUGCUUCCUUUUGUUGCCGAACAGCCAGGAGAGAGCUGUAACGGAUCGCCUGGCACCACGACUGGGUACCUCCGUUGAAAGAUGCUCCUAGCGCUUCCUGAGGACUCCAAGCACUGCAGCAGACACCACAACCACCGAACCGGAGAAGCAUAUGAAUCCUCUCAAGCAUAUGAAUGCUGUAGACAGUUGAAUAGGAAAAACCAUACGAAUAGGUUUACUCUCCUAGCAGUCAAACUGGAACAGCAUACAAUAAAUCCUUCCCCCAAUAAUGAGACGACACUUCACUUUGAGGGUUAAGCAGGAUCUCUCUGUACUGUCACAUACAGUCUCUUUUAUUCCCAAUCCACAAACAUAGUACAGCCCACAGGGCGUUACAAAACAACCAAUCAAUCCGUACAAUACACCCAGACACUCCCACACAAAAUCCUCCCCUCUGCAUGUGAUAUGAUUACUGAACACAAUGGGUAAUCUCAUUAUCACCGGCAGAGGAAUACAGUUUUUACACAAUAUUUAUAACUUCUAAAAUAUACAUGUCACAAACAUAAAACAUACAUUUUCACAAUCAAUCCAUUCAGGGGAACAACAUAUUAAAAAAUGGCACGAAUCAGACCAGGGGUUCAAAAGUUAAGGGAAAGUCCUUUGUGACUAAAUGAAGUAUGGCUUUCUGGCCCAAACCAGUUUCAGAGUCUUCUAUCCUGGAGAGUAAUUCAAUUAUCUCCCAGGAUAGACACAAGACUCCAUUAAGCACAUGGUUGCAAAAAGACACAAAACACUUUAAAAUACAUAAAGUCACCUUUUACACAUAAGACACAGACAUUUCACAUAUCCCCAGAUAGCUGGGAUCUGAGCGCACAAAACUACCAAAUAGCGCUCAGAUCCUAUGCACACAGUUCAAUUGCCAUGGAGACGAAGUCUUUAACUACAUGAAUGGGCUCCAUGGCAUAGCUAUCUGGGUUAACACAUUCACAUAAAGUCUGGUCCAUAGUCCAAAGGCAAGAGGCGGGCAAGCAGCCCCCUCCAAGGACACGUGGCGAGGCCGGUUUCGCCACAAGUGCCAUUCGUCGUUUGGUUCAUACGAACACGGGGAACAAUCGUUCCUAUGAGCCAAGAGGCUCCAUUCGUGCUUUUAUUCGGUUUUAUGCUGUUUUCUGAAUUGACCGACCGCACCCGCUGAAUUCGUGGAACUGUUUUGUGCAGGAGCCUCGUGUGCGGUUGGUGAACUAAGACUUCCAUACUUUUUGAGAACCCUUGAACCGAAAUUUGAAUAUGUUGGUCACCCAGAUCGGGGCUAUCAGGGGACAUGUGUGGGGAUACCUUGUGUGUAAAGGGGUGUUCUAAGUUUUGGGGAAAUUGUGUGUCCUCUGCCUAGAGAUAAUUGGGUUAUUCCUUAACUUAUUUCAGAAUCUCUCAGGCAGAGGAAGGGAGGGUUUUACUGUAAAACUGUAUUAUGAUUGGUUGUUCCUUUUGUUUACUAUUAUGAUUGGUUGUUCCUUUUGUUUACUAUAGUUUCCCUUCCAAGAAUAGUCUUGGAAGCUGCACUCAUCUACACUAUUCCUCUACACCCUAACUGCAGCUAUAAUCACUUAUGCUCAGCUAUUGGGAAAGGAAUAGAAGAACCUUAGUACCAUAACCACUGAAGGUCUUAACAGAUUGGAUGCUUGGUGACCUGGUCAGCGUCUGCAAACCAGGAGGGAGCUCACCUGACCUCUGUGCUUUAUCUCGCCAGCCCAUGUGCUCGUGUGAGAGAGAAGCAGCAGCACUUCUCCGUUCCUCCAGUUUGGCCCAGAAGCUGGUAAGAAGUGCUUCCAGUCUGAUCAUGAGGCUUAUAUUUGAAUCAUAGGGAACCCUGUGGGUUUGUGGUAGUCUACUCUGCCGUAGUAGGCCUAUCCUCCAUUUUGAGGCACGCUGUUGGGUUCAGGUAUGGAUUGCGUGCUGUUCGUUAGAGCAAGGGAAUUACUCAAGAUAGUCCAGUGGGGACCAGGAUAACCCCCGCGGGUCUGGGGGUGGGGGGGUUGAGUAAAAUUGAUCUGCACAGCAACCGCACAGGGUGAAAAUUGCCCACCUUCCCCUUGCACUGUCACCUGCAGGCUGCGACACACUUUCACCGUUACCCGGUGCUCUGAGAGCGUGGUCGGUACCACAUGCCCAAUACAAGUAGGUCUCAGGAUUAGUGCUUCUCAAUGUGGGGUUUUCCCCAGUUAAUUGCCAAAGUUAGCGGGAGCUCGUGCGGCAUGCGUCUGCUCAGCUAAAGGUCUCGGCGCCACCCCCCAGUUUUUUUUAAAUUGACAAAUCAUCAUGUUCAACAGCAAAACUACGAUUUUUAAAGAGACACAAUGGUGACUACAAACAGUGGUCUUUAAAUGGACACGAUAGGCACUCAGACCACUUCAUCUCAUUGAGUUUGUGUGCAAUGUCCCUGUCAUUUUAACCCUGCAACUGCAAACAUUCCAGUUUCUAAAAAACUGCAAUGUUUACAUUUCAGUGUUAAGCCUUCCUUUAGUGGCUGUCUAUUGGGACUUUCUGCUUUAGCUCCAUGAAACGAUGCUGGACAUCAUUCUGCUUUUCAUGAGGACGUCCAUUGGAAAGCAUUGUGCCUAAUGCGUGUGCGGCUGAUGUUGGCAUAGGAGCCCGACGCAGCACCUGAGUAUCCUCUGCGCUGGUAUCAAGUAAGUGUGAACAGGUUUUUUUUUUUAAAUCCUUUAUUUCCUGGAGGAGGGGGCAGAGAGACACUAUAGUGUUAGGAAUACAAAACUGUAUUUCUAACACUAGAGUUCCUUUUAAACAAGGGCUCAACAAAUCCUAGGUCGCCAUGGCACCUUGGAUGUCAAAGCUCAGGGUUUACAUUCUUUCUAUGUUCUGAUCUAAGCCAAUACUUUUCUAUAGGAAAGCAAUGGGAAGAUAUUGCGUAUGCGCAGCAAAAACUGUGCCAUUCAGCAUCUCCUCAUAGAGAAGUUUUUAAUCAAUGGUCUCUAUGGGGAACAAUCAGUGCCUCCAUGCAGAGCGUGGAGACACAAAAUGUAGAUGCUACACAGUGUUUACAUUGAAAAGUAUGCAGGUACAGGCUAUAGACACCAAAGUAACUACAUUAAGCUGUAGUGGUUCUGGUGUCUAUAGUGUCCCUUAAGAAUUGCAUUUUUCUCGUUAAAAACUAAACUUAAAUUUUUUUAUUUUAUUUUUUAUUUUUUUUAAACUGGCUCUUUUUUUUUUUUUUUUCUGGCUCCUAGAUUCCAAACCAAUGUUAAGCCCUGCUUUAAACUACAAUAAAUGUAUUUAGAAAUUAGUCUGUGUAAAAUAAGCUACAUGUUCAUGUGCCACUUAUGACGGCUCUGUCACCCACUACAGAUUUUAUAUUUAUGAAUAUUUCAUAAAUAUAAAAUCUGUAGGAAGUACUUUCAUCGACUGUGUUGUACUUUCACUGGAAUUCCAACUCAGUCAAAAGAUACCUUUUAUGUCAAACUUGUGAUUUUCAUUUAUCACCAGUGAUGACUGUAGAAGGGGGGUGGGGAACUAUCCUUUCUGUGGAGGCUCCUACAGUCUUGCAUAGACCUCAAUGCUGCACUCUUGCGCAGUCGUUGGUGUACAUCGCUGAUGUCUGCUCCUGGCAGCUGUAGUGUCUCAAACAGCAAAGUCACUGUCGGGGAUCUUUGCAAAUUACCAGUGACAGCAGUAGUGCGAAAAAUGCUCUUUGUAUGGAGGAUGCUUCUGUCUAAGGGUAUCUUCCAUAGACCUCAAUGCUGUAGUCCUAUACAUUACUGAGCGAACAGAACUGAUUGUGCCUCUUGGCAGUUAAAGUACAAAAAUCUGAAGAGGAUGGAACAGAAGAUCAUGGUGGCACCUGUGAGGGACGUAAAACCUAACAUGCCAGCACCCCAGGCGGCAAUGUCACCAUGUGGGGUUUCUGCAAUUUAUGUAAAGACCCCAAAUGGUGACAGCCAGGCACUUUAUAAUUUCUCUGAAGAGCCUCGCCAUUGACCACAAACCCAUCCACAAUCCUAAGAGUAAAGUCAAUUUAGCCAUCUAAAAUGUUGGGAGGUAUACAUUGUUGCUUUCUCCAUCUCUACUGUGAAUAUUUCUUGUUUGAUGUACAAAGAUAUUUGCAGUGUUCCAUAGGUUACUGGUUAGCCAAACUGUUUCUUUCAGUUAUUGUUUAACUCAAACUUCUAUGAUGCACUGAUGCAUAGACAGCCCACACACUUGCUUUAAAUUUAUUUAAUUUUUAUUGUAUUUUCUCCACUUGAGAACUACAGUGUAAUCUUCCCAGAUCAACACACUGACUGAUUUAAUCUAAACCUGAAACUGUAUUUAUUUUACAUCUGUAAUUGAGUUCUGCAGGGGGUUGCCAGAAAGUAUAAAUCAUUGAAUCAGUACUGCUCACAUCCAGUGCAUUGUCUGCUUUUCUCUGGAUACCUUUGCUUACUGUCUUCAAAGGAAUGAUGAGCAUCGAGAAUGGAUUCAUAACAAAUGAAUGCUGCAAAUGGUGUUACCAGGACUGGUUUGUGAGCAUGUUCUAAAAAAUAGCCUUUUGUAUUAUUUUUGGAGUGACUGUAUCAAAGGUCAUGUUUGUAAAUAGUUGACAGUAGCCUAAUGUAACAGUGGGUUAAAGAGAGUUUUGGAAUGAGAAACCUAAACCUUCCGUCAGAGGACUAGCCAUGUACUCAGUUUUUCAUUGGCUGCUUCUGCAAAAACUUUGCAAUGGGAUUCAUCAGCAAAGAUGGAAAUGAUAACUAUAAUUUCCACUUUUGUUAGUGUAGUUGGUCAUGUGUUUCCUUAUGUACCGUACUCACUCUGUAAAGGGUCCAAAGUAGAAUGCUGGAUUAUGGUGGCCUGGGGUAGGAAUCGGAAGGGGAGGGACCUGCAGGACGGUUAGGAAACCAAGGGAACCCAGCGACGCCAGGCGAGCCAACCAGGGACAGCGCUCAUUUAUGGACAGCACAGCAGCCAUCACACAGGGGUAACAUUAACACAACUCCAGCUCUGCUGAGCCGAAACGUCGUAAUUAUUUUUUGGUUAGGUGGUGAACCCGUGAAUAAACCUUACCUUCAUUAUCCUGGAGUGCUGCCUGUGUUGUUCUUCUUUCAAUACUUGGGAGAAAUAUGUGAUGGCACAUGUUAUUGUAAACCUGCUAUUAAACAGACCAAAAUACUGUACAUUAAAGGGCAAUUGGCAGCAAAAUAUAUUAAGGUAAUAUAUUGUGAUUCACAGCUUAGUUCAGAGUUCAAAUUUGGACUAGCUAUUGGCGAUAAAAAAAACCAAACAAAAAAAAAAAACCCAGGCUUGUAGUGAGGCAUAACUUUUAGGCCUGGCUAGUCACAUGUUAAACUCUGCAUCCCCCCACCUUAAGUUUUAUUUAUAUAUAUAUAUAUAAUUUUUUUUUUUUUCAUUUCCACCCAAAAACAUGCUCAGUUGUUUUUUUUGUUUUUUUUUCUCUUCUAGUAAGCAGUGGGUCAGUGACUGUGAAUGAAGAUUCCACUGUACAGCUGUUGGCAGAAGAAGCAGUGCCUCUUGACAUGUUGGACCUGAGUGUAAGUUCCCCAAUUUUAGCUGUUUCACAAGAGGCAGAUAUCAAAUUAUAUAGCAGGGGAUGCUCUUGAUCAGAUAUCUAACCUAAGAAAAGACAAAAAAAAUAACGUAUUGACUUUAAUAAUGCUGUUUUCUGUGUAGCUCUGUCAUGGUUUAAACAUGUUUCGAUUAUUAAUCAGGCUGCAAAGUCAAACCUGGAAAAGGCACAAGCAGAACUUUUGAAGGCAUCAGAUGAAGUGGCAAAGGCAGAGGCUCAAAUCACUCUGGAGGCAAACGAGGCCAUCGUUAAGAGUUUAGAAUAAUAACAGGUCUGUAUAAACGAACCUUUUUGCAAUCUACACUAAAUUACUUCAUAGGUCUGUGUCGGUACAUCAAAAAUGUGAUAGGAUCUCCUAUUUUUCUGUGCAUGUGUUUGUUUUGCCAGUGAAUGUGAUUCUAUAGCACAUAACCUUACUAUAUCUCCCUCCUACAUGCAUUGUGCAAGAUUGCUUCUCUUGCAUCCAAACAUCUGGAUGUCUGCAGUCCCCCACCCACUCACAUUCUACCUGUCAAUUUUCUAUACACACACUCCACCUCCUGAUGUGCUCUGCUGCUUCUUGUGUGUGGUGUUUAGUUUCCCAGAUUUCUUUUUGCACUGCAAUUAUUUCUCCUCUGUUGUUUUGCCAGAAGCUUGCUCUUGGAAAUAUUCGAGCCUACACCCAUAUGUAUCAGAGACGCGUAUUCUUUAACCUUUCUGUAUGUUAAACUUGCUAUACUCGCUCACUGAUGACAAACAACAACAGCUUUUUUAACAGAUGCAUUUAGAGGUGAUGACCUGACCAUAUCUUUAUUUAUUUAUUUAUUCCUCAUUCCUGACUCACCUUGUGGACACAAUGCAUGCAAUUUCCCACUGGGUGGCAGUAUUAAUUUGAUUCUCGAAACCUCUGUUGCAGACCAGUAUUACACUUUUCAAAAUGAAAUCUCACGAUUUUCUUAUGGGAAAUAUUUAAUUCAGAUCUAUUUUAAAGUCAUUGGAUUGGAACAGUCCAAGAUUGAUAUAUAUUUUUCAGGUACCAUUUAUGUUAAAGGAUUACUAUAGGGUCAGGAACGCAAACAUUUAUUCCUGACCCUAUAGUGCAAAACCAACCAUUUAGGUGGCUUGCCCCCUAUAAGAGUUUAAAACUCACCUUCUGCCGGUGCUGGAUCCGCCCCCAUUGUGACAUCAUCAAAAUGGCCUAUUUAUUUAUUUUUUAGCCAAUUUAUGGGAAAGCAUUGGAAGCCCCUCCAGUGGCCACUUGGAGGUGUGUCUAGGGGCAAUGUAAACACUUUACAUGAAAAUUUCUGAAGGGAGCUAUUAUACUCACCAGAACAACUACAUUAAGCUAUAGUUGUUCUGGUGACUAUAGUGUCACUUUAAGUAAAAAGCAAAUUCUCUUGGAUAUUCUUUUCUAUUUGAUAACUUUAUUUUCAAAAAAUGUUUGAUUUUGACUUUUUUUCUUUUUUCCUUUUUUGCAGAUUUUGCUUUUUAUGUCAACUAAGGUAUCCAGCACACCCCUACCUAAACAAUAAAAAGAUAAUACAACCAAACUGUGUUUGUUUUUUUUUUUUUUUUUUUUUUUUUAUAGGAGUGCUUUAUAUGGUAUGGAAUAAUUCUAGUAAUUACACUGAUAUUAGAGUUUUGCUCGAUGAUUAUGUAUUAUUAUUUAUUACAGCCUGAUUUCUCUUAAUUGUGGGUCCCCUUAUGUCUGUACACCAUGCAUUGGCAUGGUUUGCGAACGACAAAAAAGCCCAGCUGUCUGUAAAUUUUGACAUACUCAUGUGUAUGACACAUACUUGAAAAUGUGUAAUUUCAAUGUAUGCUUCCUGGUAAUGGGGGAGGGAAGAUGCACACGAUCUCUCUUUGACUUUGUAUGGAUGACACAUUGUUCUAGGUUAAAAAGAACAUGAAUGUGUGAGUUUGUGAAAUCCACGGCACUCUAAAAGCUUUCCUUGCUUUGUAUUUCUUUUUCUCCUAUUCCUCUAAUGAUCUGGGUUGAUUUAAAUUGUCAAAGCUGUUCUACUAGGAAAUUGAAAUAGGCCUGUUUUUGUGUCUUUUUCUUUAGGGUUAGACAUUCCUGGCAUGCUCAGUUGGUCUGUUUUGCAGAAUGUUUUGCUUUGGUGUUGGAAACCGACCUCCCAAGUGUGCUUGAUAGUCUUUUGGGGUUACUGGCACUGGGGAUGAUAAAUGUAAACCUGUUCUUUCCUAUAUCAAGUAUAAAAAUCCUAUGUGUUGACUUUUACUCUCAUGCAUGGCACUUGAAUGGUUGUCAAGGUUGGAAUGUGCCGACUACAAAGAAUCUGAUUAAAUGUUUCUUUUAUUUAUAUAUAUAUAUAUAUAUAUAUAUAUAUAUAUAUAUAUAUAUAUAUAUAUAUAUAUAUAUAUAUAUAUAUAUAUAUAUAUAUAUAUAAUUUUGUUGGGCACUAUCAUGUAUUGCCUUUUGUCUACCCUGCAUUUUGCUGAGGUCAUAUCAGGUCCUGUCAACAUUUCCUUAUGACUCAGUCAGGCCAUGACCAUGACAAACCCAGGGAUAUUUAACACCUUCCAUGUCUGAAACCUGCCUACUGAUGACUAGACUACAGACCUGCCUAGUGGCUAACACUUUCCCAAGCCAGGCACGUGAAUUGCAAAGCUGUGACUCAUUCUUCCGGCAAAAUAGUUAACCCUCUUCCUAGGACAGAAAUACGGAACAGUGAUUUCCUUGAUAGGCAUUUCAGUGUAAUACUGAAAUUUUUCAGUGCUCAAACAACCUGCAGAGCUACUGUGUACAAAAGCCAAAUCCUUUAUUUCCAAAGAGGAAAACCACCAGAGCACCUCAGCUUACUUAAUGCAUAUGUAAUGUAGGUUUGCACAGGCAGUGAAGAUGUUAACGCCCACUCUCAUUUUUCCCCCCUCCUUUUGUCCUCUCCUUCACAGACUGUUCUGCUUUUUCUUGGAAGACCUUCCCUCCCUCAUUCUCUACCCAGCUCUGUCACCCUCCCUCUCUUCAAUCACCACCUCCUUUAUUUGGUUACUCUCCACCCUUUAGCUCUUCCCCCCCCUCCUGUUUUUUUCUUCUGCUUUGUGCUCCACCAAUUCUGGUCACAGCUCAAGAACUUUCCUAACGAAGCUUUACUUGCGGUAUAG